UUUUGUCAUUGUUGUUGACAAGAUUAAAAGGGUAUUUUUCAGCGUUGUGAUUAAAAAAUCUGAUCAUGAACUUGAGGAAAAUUUUUAGAGUAAUUGAAUUGAUUUAAUUCUGUCCUGGCUUGAGUCCAAAACUUAUUUCGCCGAAACCGCAUUUUUGCGGAAUUGCGCGCGCUUCGUUGCGCACUGAUAAAGGCGUCAGUAAGGGUCGUCUUGUGAUUGGCUGAUAUUAUUAGCUUUGGCUGUCCAUCAUUGAAAUCUUAUCAGUUGAUUGGCUGUAUUUGACGUUUUUCCUUAUAUGCCAAUCUUUCCUGAUCCACGCCUUUCAAAUUUCCAGGAGAAAACGAACACCGCAGUCUGUCUUGCGGGCCCUUGGGCGGCCGGAUCGAGUAAACCAGUUUGUAAGGGGGAGUGUAGGGGAAAAAGAAAACAAAACAAAAUGGCGGCAAGACAGCUUCUCGAUUCCACGGAUCUCGGAGUUCGCCUUAGCACUCUCAGUCCAAAGUAUUUGCACACGAAUUCGACGAGUCAUACUUGGCCCUUCAGCGCUAUCGCCGAACUCAUUGAUAAUGCAUACGAUCCGGACGUGAAUGCCAGCCAGCUAUGGAUAGAUGUCAAAAAAUACAGUAAACACAACUAUUGCCUUGUCUUCACGGAUAACGGUGCCGGCAUGGGUCCGGAGAAGCUGCAUAAAAUGUUGAGCUUCGGAUUUUGUGAUAAGGUAGAGGACAAGGGAUUUAUGCCUGUUGGACACUAUGGGAAUGGAUUCAAGUCGGGAUCCAUGAGACUUGGCAAGGACGCCAUCGUCCUUACCAAAACCGGCAACACGAGGAGCGUUGGAUUCCUCUCGCAAACUUAUUUGGAAGCCAUCAAAGCGGAAACAAUUCUUGUGCCUAUGGUCACUUGGGACUCUGAUGGAAAAAUUCUUGAGAAGUCUGACAAAGACAAAGCACUGCAGGACAUUCUGACGCAUUCUGUGUUUAAAUACAAAGAGGAACUUUUAGCUGAGUUCGCUGGGAUUCAAAAUCCAAGUGGCACUCGUAUUAUCAUUUUCAAUGUUCGAACAACUCCUGAUGGAAAACCAGAGUUUGAUUUUUCAUCUGCACCUGAUGAUGUAAGAAUUCCUGAGGAUACAGACUUGGAGAUCAGCAAGAUAAGAAAGCAGGAGCGACAAAACCACAUUCCAGAGUCGGAUUACUCGUUACGGGCAUAUUGUGCCAUUCUGUACUUAAGACCUAGAAUGCAGAUAAUACUGAGGGGUAAGAAAGUGCGCACCACUGUGAUAACAAAGAGUUUGAGCAAGACAGCAGUGGACUUUUACCGCCCAUCAGCUGUAAACAAGCAAGUGAAGAUAUUCUUUGGUUUUAGUCAGAAUAGAAAUCAUUAUGGAAUUAUGAUGUACCACAGGAACAGACUUAUUAAACCCUAUGUCCGUGUGGGUUACCAGUUAAAAGCCAACAACUUAGGAGUUGGGGUUGUGGGUGUCAUUGAAUGUGAUUUUCUUCAGCCAACCCAUAACAAACAAGACUUUGAUUAUACCAAGGCUUACAGAGCUUGUUUUGCUGCACUAGGAUCCAAGCUGAAUGAUUAUUGGAAUGAGAAGAAGGGGCCUCAGCGUCUCAACAGCAAGGAGCCAAUCCCUGAACCUGUGGAAGUUCAACAACUCCCUGACCAGAUCUGGGUGCAAUGUGACAAUCCAGAAUGCCUGAAGUGGCGUAAGUUACCUGAUGGUACAGACCCCAAAAAGCUGCCAGACAAAUGGUACUGCAAGGAAAAUCCAAACUCUAGAAUGAGAUCCUGUAGCAUUCCUGAGGAGAAGGAAGAGGAAGUUGAACAGCCAUAUGUCAAGACUCAAAAGAAACGCUUGUGAGUAAACUUAUCACCAUCUUCUUUCUGAGAAAACAAUUGUUCUUCCCGUGCUCAAUUGUUUGCUCGUUCAAGAAAUGUAAGAAUUCAAUAUUGUUGAUGUCACUCAGUCUGUAGAUGUUUUGUUGUGUCUGUUGAAGACAUUUUGUUCCAGAUUGUUUCUGGUGUUCUCCAUGAUUGGCGAAUGGAACGUUUGGCCACCAGUUCCAGUUAUCAUUCUUCUAUACUGACAAAGUGACAAAUCAAGCAUCACAUACAUGGAUACAUGCUUCUUAACCCAUUCCCUUUCAAUAUAUAUAUGUUAUUUGCCGGCUGGCAGGUCCGUAUAGUGAAAAACUGUGACCGGGGU